CAAAUAAUAUACUAUUUUACAUAGUAAAAAUAUUAUUACUCUCUCUAUAUAUAUCUAUCUUCUCUCAGAUACUCCAACAUGAAUGAGGGUACAGGGUAGUUGAGGGUUGAGUAAUGAAUGGUGUAGAAGGGUCGUCGUCUUCAGCAGCAGACUCAUCAUCUUUUCUUGAACAAAAUGCGAACUAUAUGAGUGUUCUUGGUAUGAAUGGGGGCACAGGGUUCACCUUUAUGCAGAUGGAGGAGCUCAAAUUACAAGCUCUAAUCUACAAAUACAUGGAAGCUGGAUUGCCUGUUCCUUCUAAUCUCCUCCUCCCUAUUUGGAACUCUGUGCUCGCUUCUUUCACAGGGUCAGGAUGCGAUCGUAGUUUGUAUGACAACUAUAAAAACAGCAUGGAAGCUGAACCAGGAAGAUGUAAGAGAACAGAUGGAAAGAAAUGGAGGUGUAGCAAAGAAGUUGUCAUCGGUUACAAGUACUGUGAAAAGCAUUUGCACCGUGGUCGGAGUCGUUCAAGAAAGGAUGUGGAAGCUGAUUCCAUGGUCGUGGCUACCAAUGGACGCCAUAAAAAUCUAUGAAAGAAACAGUUUCAGUUACUCUAUGUUCCACAAGUAGGCUUCAGUUUCUGCAAGUUUUGACAGUUGCGUGAUUAAAUCAUAUUUUGAAGCAUUUAAUUUUCCUUAUGUUGAAGGUUAUCCGACUAAGUUCUUUAAAACCAGUCCAUGAUAAGAUUAUUUUCAUAAAUGAGGUCGACUUGUCUCGUUUUGAGGGGAAAGUGGACCACUAAGGACCAUGGGGCUCGAUCCUUGAUCAAUAAUAUAUGGUCCUGAAUGAGGCUCUGCUUUUUGGUUCUAUCUGUUUUAGGUACAAUUGUUGCAGUAAACAUUAUUGCAUGAAUGCUCGUACGUAGGACACUAAAUAAGCAAUGCAGAUUAUAUGUACAGGAGUAUUUCCUGAUAAUAUCCUACAUAUAGCCUGAAAUCACUACCUGUUGUUCAACAUAUUGACAAGAUGACCUUUUUAAAUGCAUCCUAUAAUUUAAAACAUG